AUGGCAAUCUCAAUUUCCGAAGCGUCUCAAAGCGUAACCGCUCAACCAUUCGAACGAUUGAAAACAACAUCACUGGCUACCAAUACCCUCAUUAUCACUUCUUUACCAUCAGCUUUUUAUCAUCCAUCUUUUCAAACGAGCUUGCGUGCACAUUUUGCUAGUUAUGGACCUUUAGCUGCUUGGAUCUCUUUAGCUAGUCUCGGUCGUAUCUUGGUGGUCUAUCACGGCAGUUCAUCGUCUGAUGAUGGGUCUAACUCUGCCCGUCGAGCAAAACGUGAGAUGGAUCGAUUUGUAAUAGAAGCGGGCGGAGGGAUAGCUCGACUUACCGAAGAAGAACCUGGUGUGCGUAGAGCGGCGGAAGAGGUUGAUCCGCAGACGGCUUCGGAAAAGGAGCUUGAAGAGCUUGUUAAAAAUUUACCCAAAACGAUUUUCCGGGUUUAUUUCGGCCCAUCGACUCCUACCACUCCAUCUGCCCCCAUUACAAUCUAUCCCAAUCCCGAUGGCUCACAGGAAAAUUCGACUUUGUCAGAUGAUUGUAAACUCAAGCCACCAGUCUCCGAUAAAAACUUUUUAAUAUCGCCUCCUGGAUCACCACCAGUAGGAUGGGAACAAAUUGAGGAAGAUGCACCCAACACAGCAAGUUUAGCGGAAGACCUUUGUCAACGGUUGCGUUUCUUAAGUGUCGGUGACAAUGAAGAUGCUGAAAAUGAAGAUGAAGAGGAAGAGGAAGAGGUUGAAGGCAAAGAAGGUGAUAUUGUGAUAAUCGCACCUUCACCUAGCUCUUUCUUACCUACUCUUAAGGUGCAACAGAGUGGUCCACGAGGAGAGCGACCUGGAAUGGGAAUUGGGAUGGUUAAGGCUACCAUAGAUAGCAUGCUCGGUGCUGUAAAGACUGAACGGAUUACACCUACCGCUCGACCUGCUCUUGCUUGA